AUGGGGAGCUGCCUGGGGCGUCUGGUGAUGGUCGGAGGAGGCCCGAGGCCGGUGAAGAAUGAGGUGUUAGAACCUUUCCCAGGCAUUGAAACACGGCUUCAUCCAGUCAUGCCUAAGAAGGAACCAGUUAAAAGAGUGGGAUGCCAUGAACAGAUGGAAAUCUUUACAAUGACUGGAGAGUUACUCUAUUUAGAAAAAGAGAAGAGUCAUUUUAUCCAAUCCCAAGGUUAUUUCACACAAAAAGAGAUAAAAAAGACCCUUUUUCCACACCAGCAGGUGGAUAAAGGAGCCAUCAAAUUUGUACUCAGAGGAGUUGAUAUCACGUGUCUAAGCUUAGCUUCUCCAGGAGCUAAGCUUUGCUCCGCUGCAGCAGAUAGGAUUGUUGCAAUUGAGGCAGAAGGAAAACAGCUUGCUCUGGGUGCUGCAGUCGUGAAGAUGUCUGCAGAUGAUGCUGAGAAAGUCAACACAGCAACUGGCAGAAACAUGUAUUAUUGAAAAGAUGGGCUGUGGCACGUACAAGCAUGUAAAUAA